UUUCAUUUCAAGACAUCGGUGGACUGUGGACGCUGAGUUUAUAAAACCGCCCAUCAGCACAUCAUCAUAGAGCCACCACAUAUUUGUAACUUGUGGUGGAUUGCGUCGCGCAUUAGAGCUGUGCAAAGGAAUGCUAGGGAGCCGGGGUUCAGCUGCAGUAACACACCGGGUACCGUUGGACACCACCAGCUCCGCUCUGCUCCACUGAGAGGAACACUGACAGAGAUACAACAAUGAGAGAAGCAUCGUACAGCUCUCACAUGGCGUGAUUGUUUCACAGAUUAACUGUGCGAGAAGUUGCCGCGGAGUCCCUGAUGGAGAAUCCCCAGACAGACGACACACUGGAAGUCAUUCAGACGCCCUCUAUCCCGUAACGAGCGCACGCCGUUCACCAUGUUCCACCAAGCCGCCGAGGAGGCCAGCGGGAACGCCAGCUGCGAGGAGCAGCCCUCGCCCGUCCCCUCCUCCUCCUCCGCCGCCGCCUGCAACUCCAGCGCGGGCGGGGGAGGGGGGGACGCGCUCCUGCUGCCCACCUUCUCCACCGCCGCCAAGGCGCGGGUCGUCAUCACCUUCACCCUGUGCGCCGUGUCCGCCGUGUGCAACCUGGCCGUGCUGUGGGCCGCCAGCCACGGCGGCCGCCGCAAGUCCCACGUCCGCAUCCUGAUCGUGAACCUGACGGCGGCCGACCUGCUGGUCACCUUCAUCGUGAUGCCCGUGGACGCGGCGUGGAACAUCACCGUGCAGUGGCAGGCGGGAGACGUGGCCUGCCGGGCGCUCAUGUUCCUCAAGCUGGUGGCCAUGUACUCGUGCGCCUUCGUCACCGUGGUGAUCAGCCUGGACCGCCACUCGGCCAUCCUCAACCCGCUGGGCAUCAGCGAGGCCAAGAGGAGGAGUCAGAUCAUGCUGUUGGUGGCGUGGACCAUGAGCGUGCUGCUCUCGCUCCCGCAGAUCUUCAUCUUCCACAACGUGACCAUCACGGUGCCAGAGCCCUUCACCCAGUGCACCACUCGCGGGAGCUUCGUGCGGCACUGGCAGGAGACUGUCUACAACCUGUUCACCUUCGUGUGUCUCUUCCUGCUGCCCCUGGUCAUCAUGAUCUUCUGCUACGCCCGCAUCCUGGUGGAGAUCUCCAGCCACAUGGGGAGAGGCAGCCGGCUCUCUCGAGAGGUCCACCUCCGCCGCUCGCACAACAACAUCCCCAAAGCCCGCAUGAGGACCUUGAAGAUGAGCAUCGUCAUCGUCACGUCCUUCAUCGUUUGCUGGACCCCCUACUACCUGCUGGGCCUGUGGUACUGGCUGUUCCCCGAGGACAUGGAGGAGACCGUGUCCCACUCGUUGACGCACAUGCUGUUCAUUUUCGGCUUGUUCAACGCCUGCCUGGACCCCAUCACGUACGGCCUCUUCACCAUCCACUUCCACCACGGCCUCAAGAGGCAUCACUUGAAUGCCGCCGCCGCCACGGCGACCGCCUCGGCCGACCACAACAACCGCAGAGGGGCCGGCAGGAGGAGACCUGCCACAGCGUUAAGAGCAGCUUUGUGUCCGUUAGCAACGGGAGCCAGGACGACGCCCAGAAGUCCGACCCCAUCAGCCAGGUGUAAUGAGUUAGGAUAACGUUCCUGAAUCGCUGCCACACGGAGCGCCGGAAUGUGUGCAAAAGAGAUUGGUUUAGUUGUAAGGACUUUGAAAUACUUGACUAUUAAAAAUAAUAAAGUGUUGUAAUGUUUUAUUUUCAGAGGAAGUUACAAUAUGACGUGAUUUGUCCAGCAGAAUGUACAAUUAUGUGGUUUGCUUUUGUGGUGUGCUUUGUGUGAAACAGUUUGGGCGCAGUAUUUAUAAUGUUUUGUUAUUAUAGAUAACAUUAUAAUUAUGAAAAUACAUACGAAGCACAACCAUCCUAGUCGAUAUAAGGCCAUGUUAUAUUGUGCAAUUAUCUUUAACUGUUCAAAUUAUUUUACGUAAUGUUACAUAUGAACUUACUGUUAAAUUGUUUUGAAUUGUUGAAUGUGGGAACAGCAAUUCAUAUUUUAUGUACUUUUUGCUGCUCUAAUGAUGAGGUGUGAACUACAAAAAAAUUAUAAUUUCAGGACAAAUUGUACUUGGAGUAUACUAAGAAUUUGAUGAGCUCACACCCCUUCUUCUGUUCUCUCGAAAUAAACAAUUGCAUAUAAGAUGUGGAUAAUUGCAUGCCAUCGAUGUGUGCAAAUGCAGCACAUGGAGUUGUACACAUUCGUAUCGAUAUUUUUAUAUGCUGUCUGUGAUGCAAAAACCAUACGUUAUCUUCCCAGUGUGGGAAAAUAAAACCAAAACAUCAA